CCUUCUGUGUAAGCCAGAAUAGCUUCUCCAAAAGAGUUAAAAUAAAAAUAGUACAUAAUAUUAUUACUUCAUUAUUAUCAUGAGGCUUAUAUGCAUAUGCAUAGCAUGGUUAAUAUUGAUAACCCAAAUUAUCAUGGUGACUUGCAAGACUAAAAAUCAUGUACCAGCAGUAAUUGUCUUUGGUGAUUCUUCUGUGGAUUCUGGAAACAAUAAUAGGAUAGCUACACUUCUCAAGAGCAAUUUUAAACCUUACGGCCGUGACUUCGAAGGUGGCCGCCCUACCGGACGGUUUUGUAACGGUCGUACUCCACCGGACUUCAUCGCCGAAGCUUUUGGCGUUAAGCGCAAUAUACCGGCAUACUUGGAUCCUGCUUAUACCAUUGAUGAUUUUGUCACUGGUGUUUGCUUUGCUUCUGCUGGAACUGGAUAUGAUAAUGCAACUUCUGAUGUACUAAAUGUGAUACCGCUAUGGAAGGAAAUAGAGUUCUUCAAAGAAUACCAAGAAAAAUUGAGAGUCCAUGUUGGUAAAAAGAAAGCAAAUGAAAUCAUAAGUGAGGCAUUAUACCUAAUAAGCUUAGGAACAAAUGAUUUCCUUGAAAAUUACUAUAUUUUCCCAACAAGACAACUUCAUUUCACCGUAUCACAAUAUCAAGAUUUUCUAGUGGAUAUUGCUGAGGAUUUCGUUAGAAAAUUACACUCACUUGGUGCUAGGAAAUUAUCUAUAACUGGUCUUGUUCCUAUUGGGUGUCUCCCAUUAGAAAGGGCUACAAAUAUUUUUGGUGACCAUGCUUGCAAUGAAAAAUACAAUAGAGUGGCUUUGCAAUUUAAUGCCAAGUUGGAGAAUAUGAUAUCAAAGCUAAAUAAGGAGUUACCACAAUUGAAGGCUUUGUCGGCAAAUGCAUAUGAGAUUGUCAAUGAUAUCAUUACAAGACCUUCCUUCUAUGUACAUAUUUUUGCAGGAUUUGAGGAGGUAGAGAAGGCAUGUUGUUCCACUGGAACAUUUGAGAUGAGCUACUUAUGCAGUGAGAAGAAUCCACUAACAUGCAAAGAUGCAAGCAAAUAUGUGUUUUGGGAUGCAUUUCAUCCUACCGAAAAGACAAACCUCAUAGCUGCAAAUUAUUUAAUCCCUAAACUUUUUGCAGCUUUUAGAUGAUCCAUCCAUUCCCUUUGAAUUAAUUUGGACAUUUAAUAUAUAUUUGGUCGACUUUUAUAUUAUGAUUAAAUUGUUGUAACAAAGAAACAACUUAAUUGUGAACCAUCUAGUCUUAGACCACAUUUGAUCUUUGUAUUUAAUAACAGAAGUAUUUGCUUGAGUUUGCUACCACUAAUAUGCAUGGUUGGGUGGCUUUUAGCAUUGAAUUUUCUUCUUA